AUGGAUUAUGCUACCAAUUAUACGUUCUUACUUCUGGAAGGACAUAUACAGUUGGAGAAAUAUAGAUAUUUUUAUUUUGUAAUUGCACUUGCAGUCUACAUACUCAUUAUUUGCUUUAAUGCUGUUGUAAUUUUCAUUAUAUACUCAGACAAACUGCUUCAUGAGUCAAUGUACAUUUUUAUUGCUGCCUUGCUUUUCAAUUCUCUCUUUGGAGCAACUGUGCUUUAUCCUAAACUUCUGAGUGAUUUACUGUCUGAGAGACAAGUUACUUAUUACCAUGCCUGCAUGUUCCAGGCUUUUUGUAUUUAUGCCUAUGCUGUUUCAGAGUUCACGCUGUUAUCAGCUAUGGCCUAUGACAGAUAUGUGUCCAUAUGUAAACCACUACAAUAUGUAACACUUGUUAAGAUGUACACUGUGAAAAAGCUUUUGUUUUUAUGUUGGUUUUUGCCUUGCUGUGAACUUGGUGUUGGAGCUUUACUGACAUCACAACUUCAUCUGUGUAAAUUCACCUUGAACAGAAUAUACUGUGAUAAUUUCUCAGUCGUUAAAUUAAGUUGUGGAAACACAUCUCUUAACAACUUAUACGGACUGUUCAUUCUGAUCAUUGCCAUAUUUCCCCCAAUGAUCUUUAUAAUCUACUCCUAUAUUAGAAUACUUGCCAUCUGUUUAGGGAAUUCAAAAGAUUUCAGAAGAAAAGCUCUACAGACCUGCUUACCACACCUUAUCAUUUUCAUCAACUUUUCGGUCAAUGCAUGUUUUGAAGUUAUCAAUAAUAGACUAGAAUCAAACAUACCACAUAUAGUUUCUAUGAUAAUGUCAGUUGAAUAUUUAAUCAUUCCUCCUCUGUUCAAUCCUAUUAUAUAUGGAUGGAAAACGCAAGAGAUUUUUAAAAGAAUCAAGAUCCUGAUUUCAUGGAAAAAAAGGAAACAUGUAUCUUUUUAA